AUGGACACCAAACCUCGCCCACCGUUCCCCCAGAUCACAGGUUCGGGUCGCGGCUCGCCAAGUUCGAUGCGCCCACGCAAGACUCCUGUGGUGUAUCCCGCCAUCCUAUCGCGCGUCGCGGAAGCCUUCCGGGAGCGAAUCGCCUUGUCUGACCGCCUCAAAGACGGACUCACCUAUAAGGAUGCCUUUGAUGGGCGAGAAGCCGUCGAUAAGAUUGCAUUCAUUAUCAAAACAACGGAUCGUAAUCUUGCGCUCUUGCUUGGUCGUGCCCUCGACUCGCAAAAGUUCUUUCACGACGUCACGUAUGACCACCGGCUUCGCGACUCAUCCAACGAACUCUAUCAGUUCCGCACCAAGAUAUCGCCGUUUGUGUCGGGAGAACUUGCUGCCGCUGGUGGCGAGACAUCUCCUGCACUCCAGGAGGACAGCGUGGAGGCUGGCAUAAGCACCAGACAGGCGUCGACCUCGGACAGUGACGAGGUUCCUUUGCCGUCAGGCGUCUUCACACUGCUGACAGACUGCUACUCACCGACGUGCACACGUGACCAGCUAUGCUACAGCAUCGCCUGCCCCCGGAGGCUUGAACAGCAGGCGCGGCUGAACAUGAAGCCGCAGCCUGGAUUGAAGAAGCAGAUAAGUAAAGAAAGCUUGGGAGACUUCGUGGAACCAGGGACACUCUGGAUUCAUUCAGUCCCACAAGAAGUCGUUAAUAGUGUGUCGGACACCGAGAAGAAACGCCAGGAGGCGAUCAACGAGGUGAUCUACACCGAGCGUGAUUUCGUGCGUGAUAUGGAGUACCUUCGCGAUGUCUGGAUAGCUGGCCUGAGGGAUGGUGACAUAAUUCCCGCCGAGCGAAGGCAAGACUUCAUACAACAAGUUUUCUGGAACAUUAAUGAGAUUAUUGCGGUCAACACCCGGCUACGUGAUGCGCUGAACAAACGUCAGAAGUCGUACGCAGUCGUCGAGCGUAUUAGCGACAUUCUUCUCGAUGCGGUCCCGCACUUUGGGCCCUUUGUGAGCUACGGUGCCCACCAGCUGUACGGAAAGUAUGAGUUCGAGAAAGAGAAGAGCUCGAAUCCUGCUUUCGCGGCUUUCGUGGAGGUGGGUAUCACCACCGAACGCCUCCCGGAGUCACGCAAGCUUGAGCUGAAUGGUUACCUGACGAAACCGACAACCCGUCUCGCUCGAUACCCUCUUCUAGUCGAGGCAGUCAUUAAACACACACCCGAGGACAAUCCGGAUAAGCAAACGCUUGCGCAGGUGGUCACAAUCGUUCGCGAGUUCCUGGCCAAGGUCAACGUUGAAACCGGAAAGACUGAGAACAGAUUCAACCUGCUUCAACUAGACCAGCAGUUGGUGUACCGGCCUGGAGAGCAAGUGGAUUUGAAACUGCAAGAUCCUGAGCGAGAGUUGGUAUACAAGGGCGCUUUGAACAAGCGUGGUGGAGGAGGACAGGGUGAUUCUGGAGACUUACUCGUGUACCUGUUCGACAACACGUUGCUCAUGGUAAAGCAGAAGUCAAAGAAUGAGCAGUACAAGGUCUACCGCAGACCAAUACCACUCGAAUUGCUCUUUAUAUCGGUUCCCGAUGAGGCUGGUAACCAGCAUGGGCGUCCUUCGGCUGUAAAACAGCGGGCCCUGACAAAGAAUUCCAGCAAGAGCGCAGGUGCCCCAUAUGCGCCUGCAAUUCCCGUCAAGGUAGACGGCAAAGGCGGUUUCCCAAUUACAUUCAUCCACUUGGGCCGCAAAUACUACCAAAUGACGCUUUGGGCGUCAACGCUGGUAAGUCAGCGCAAGUGGGUCGAGAACAUUGGGAAGCAACAAGAAGCGCUACGACAACGGGGCACAUUCUUCGACACAGUCGCACUUUCGGAAGGAUUCUUUAUCGGCUCUAAUCGGGUGAAUUGUGCUGCGCCGUUUGGUGACGGACGGAGGAUUGCCUACGGAACUGACGAUGGGGUGUACCUAUCGGAUUUAUGGGAGCCAAAUCGCGAUCCAGUCAAGGUUGUGGCCCUGUUAGAUGUCUCCCAGGUGGAUGUGCUGGAAGAGUACCAGCUGCUCAUCGUCCUGUCGGCAGAACGCCAAGUGAUUACAUUCCCUCUGGACGCACUUGACCCGCUUGAUCCUCUUGCCGGACUCAAGCGUGCCAAGCGUAUCUCAUCACAUACGUCAUUCUUCAAGGCCGGGGUGUGCAUGGGCAAAGUUCUCGUUUGUGUUGUCAAGAGCAGCCCUUUGUCUAGCACAAUCAAGGCACUCGAACCGAUUGACCAAAACAUCCGGGGACGAAGCAAACCCACAUUCCGAAAAUUACUUCAGGGCGGUAACGACACUCUGAAGUUAUUCAAGGAAUUCUAUAUCCCUGUUGAGUCCAGCUCAAUCCACUUCCUUAAGACCAAGCUUUGCGUCGGAUGCACAAAGGGUUUUGAGAUUGUCGAUCUAGAUAGCUUGGAUACACAGGGUCUGCUCGACCCGGCAGACACAAGUCUCGACUUUGUACGGAAGCGCGAGAACUUGCGGCCCAUGGCGAUUUACCGGAUUGAUCACGAGUUUUUGUUGUGUUACGAUGAGUUUGCAUUUUACGUCAACAAAAACGGCUGGCGGUCUCGCCCCGACUUUACGGUGCACUGGGAGGGCAUCCCGUCAGGUUUUGCGCUUCGAUAUCCCUACGUCCUCGCCUUUGAACCAAUGUUCGUCGAGAUCCGACACGUUGAGACUGGUCUGUUAUCACAAGUGAUCCAAGGAAACAACUUGCGUUUGCUCUUCGCCGAGCCGCCAUCAUCGACCACGCACGCGGCAAAUCAUUACACCCAGAACCCUUACUAUCAGCAGCAGGGAUAUAAUCCGUACCAAGCACAACCAGCAGCUUACGGGCGGCAGUCCAUGUAUAACGGGUACCCGUCGCAGCAGCAGAUGCCGUACUUCCCGCCACAACCACGCUACCCACCCGGACGAGACGAGAUCCUGAUGGUCUCGGACGAUCGAGUUCUGUCUCUACGCGUGCUCGGCAACGGCACACAGUCGGACUCGGUUGCCCCGUCACCAGUUAGUAUGCGUUAG